AUUACAAUUGAUCCAGAAUAGAAAAUUGGAGGUAUAUGUUCAUUCACAUUAACACACAUUAAUAGGCCAAUGGAGAGAAUCCAUACACAUAUAGACAAAUUAUAUUUUAGAGCCUUCAAUCAUACAUUUAAAACAUUUUUUCUCUUGUUAUAAAUAUCUUUAAUAUCAGGAAUAAAACUUUCUCAUCACCUUGGUCUUCUCCAUUAUCUAUCUCUCCACCAAAUCUGGCAGAGAAAACAAAACAGAGAUUGAGCUUAUAAUAGAAACAAGGACUCGAUUUUGUACAUGAUGGAUAAGAGCUGCAACUCCUCCGGCGACUCUUCCGCCUUAUCAGCCACCGCAACGAGUAGCACCGGUGACAACACAGGGAGCAGAGAUCAUCACUACCUAAGACAACUCCAUAAGCUUUCCCACAAGAUAUCAAAACCCUCCUCCUCCGUCUCCGCGGCCGUGAAUCAAGAAACUGAUCACCAACCACCUCCUCCUCCUCCGCUGUCUCAGCCGCCAAUUAAUCACGGGAAUCUCCACCCGCAUCAGCCUCCUGUUUACAACAUCAGCAAGAACGAUUUCAGAGACGCUGUUCAGAAACUCACAGGCUCACCAGCGCAUGAACGGAUCUCUGCUCAGCCGAUUCACCACCCUAAGGCUCAACAGAGUUCGCGUCUACACAGGAUCCGUCCUCCUCCGUUGGCUCACGUUAUCAACCGCCCGCCUAGUUUGCUAAACGACGCUCAUCAUGACUGGACCGGCGGAUUUGUUCCUCGACCGACGGCGCCGCUUUCUCCUCUCCCUCCGUUACCUUCAGUUCACGCGGCGGCGGAAUCUCCGGUCUCUUCUUACAUGCGGUACCUUCAGAACUCCAUGUUCGCUAUGGAUUCGAAUAGGAGAGAGUUAUGUGGUUCAUCGCCUUUAGCUCCUUUGGUGUCGCCUCGCUGGUACCAACAACAACAUGAAAAGGCUCUGCCGCCGCAAAACAGCAGUUCCCCUCCAUGUCCUCCUCCGCCAUUGUAGGCGGCGCCACUACCAUUCGGAUGUCUGAAUUCGCCAAAAUCACCGUAUGGGUUACUCUCACCAAGUUUACUUUUAUCACCGGUGUCAGGUCAACUAGGGUUUCCGACGACGCUGCCGCUUACUAGCCCUAAAUAAUUUUGUACACCAUUUAGUGGUGGAUGCUUACUUUUGUUUAAAGCUCUAAGAACCUCCGAAUUGAGGGUUCAUGGGUAGUUCAAGCAGAGAUCAAGAAAAAAAAUAAUAAAAUAAUUCAAUCUCA